AUGAAAAUUUCUUUCAUUUUCGUCUCUUUCUUCUUCAUUCUCUAUUUUUUUUAUUUCUUACAUUAUCCUUAUUUCUUUCUCAUUUGCAUUAUAGAUAGACUUCUUUCUCAUGCCUCUCUCUUCUUCAUCUCUUCAUUUCCUUCACAGAUUCAUUAUCCUUAUUUCUUUCUCAUUUGCUUUCUUUACAUAGAAAACAUUAUCUUAUUUCUUUCUCAUUUAUCUCUUUCUUCAUCUCUCUACCUUUCUUCAUUCCCUUAUACCUUAUUUCUUUCUCAUUUCCAUUAUAAACUUAUUUCUUUCUCAUUUGAAUCUCUUUCUUCUUCAUUUCUCUUUCUUUCUUCAUUUAGAUUAUCCUUAUUUCUUUCUUUUGUCUCUCUUUCUUCUAUCUAUCUUUCUUCAUUCUCAUUAUACUUAUUUCUUUAUCAUUUAGAUUUCUUCCUCAUUUCUUUCUUCGGUGUCGAUUCCUUACAAUAUCCUUAUUUUUCAAAAUUUGAAAAUCUCUUUCUUCUUCAUUUUUUAGAUUUUUGUAAUACUUAUUUCUUUCUCAUUGCAUCUGUGUGUUCUUCAUUUCUCUGUAUUGUUCUUGUGUGUGUCCUUAUUUCUUUCUCAUUUGUGUGUUCUUUCUUGUGUUUCUCUAUCCUUUCUUCAUGUGUCAUUUUUCCUUAUGCCUUUGUCCCAUUUUUCUCUUUUCUUCAUUUCUAUUCCUUGCAUUUCCUUAUUUCUUUCUCAUUUGCCUCUCUUUCUUCUUCAUUUCUCUCAGUCUUUCUUCAUUUCUUAACAUUAUCCUUAAUUUCUUUCUCAUUUGCUUUCUUUCUUCUUCAUUUUUUCUUUCUUCAUUCCUUACAUUAUCCUUAUUUCUUUCUCAUUUCGUCCUCUUUCUUCUUCAUUUUCUCUUUUUUUCAUGAGAUAAAUUAUCCUUAUUUCUUUUCUCAAUUGCGUCUCUUUCUUCAUUUCUCUUUCUUUCUUCAUUUCUUAUUUCUUUUAUCAUUGGAAUCUCCUUCUUCAUUUCUCAUUCUUUCUUCAUACUUCAUUGUCCUUAUUUCUUUCUCAUUUCUAUAA